AUGUUCAAAGCAAAACUAUCUCAACGUGCCAUUAAUGCAGCUUCAGCACAAACUAUUCAUAUUGAAUAUAUUUAUUUAAUAACAAUUCAAAUAAUAUUUUUAUCUUAUUUAUUAUUUUUUUCAGGUAAAUUUAUAUUUUUUGAAAAGUUCUUAAACAAGUUGGAAUCAUUAACAUUAAUUCAGUCAAAACAACUUAUUAGUGUUAUUGAAUAUUUACAUAAUUGUCAUAUAAUACAUCGUGAUAUACGUCCAAAAAACAUAAUGUGUAAUUUUGAUAAUCAACAAAUAAAAUUAAUUGAUUUUGGUUUUGCAACAAUAUUUGAAAACAAUGAAAUAACAAAAAAGUUACCUAUUGAAGGAGCAAUUUCAUUUGGUAACGUAAAAUUACUGAAGUUUUGUUCUGAAUUACCAUUGGAUUCAUCAUUUGAUAUACAUUAUGAAUAUGAACGAACAUUUGAUCUCUAUUGUGCAUUAAAUGUCAUUAUCAUUAUGGCAGAUAAAUAUAUAAACGAUCAAUUCUGUGCAAUUAAACAAAAACAACUACCAACGUAUCAAAAUAGAAUAUUAAAUAUAUAUAAUUUUUGGUUGAAUUUAAAAGAGAAAAAUAAAGUUUAUUCGAAAUUAUUAGAAUCAAUUGACAAUUUAAAAGAAUCAUAUUUUCAUGUUAUUAUAAAUGAUUUAGAAAAACUUCCUAUAUUUAACAAUUAA